AUGACUUCUAAUCCAUCCUCACCAACUGGUUAUCUACACACCCUCUGUCGUCAGGGUAAUAUUGCUGCAAUUCAAUCCUACCUUAAUGGAAUAGAGGACAACAGCAAGUUGGAAGAGCGUGUUGGUUUCCUUGGUUACACUCCACUUCAUGAGGCAACCAACCUAGGUCAAACCAAAGUUGUCAGGUUGUUACUCCUAUAUGGUGCAAAUGCAAAUGCCAAGGCCAAUGGUUUUUACACGCCUCUUCAUAUUGCAGCAUCAAUGGACAAUGUAGAUUGUGUGGUUGAGCUUUUGAACCAUAAUGCUGAUAUAACUAGUAAAGAUGAGUUUGGAAAGACAGCUUACGAAACAGCCAUUAUACACAAAUGCAAAAAGUCAGCAAGAAUUCUUAAAAGUGAAGGUUAGUAAAGUUAAUAUAAUCUUAAAUGUUACAAGCCUACAAUCAGGGACACAAGUAGUUGACACAAUUGUUUUAAAACAGGUGCUUUUAACAAACAUUUAAUUCAUUUAUUAUUUCAUUCUUUUUAAACGCUGUAAAUCCCCUCACCCCCCGAAUCAAUGUUGUCUGAAGUAAAAAAAAGACUUGAGGGUCCAAAAUUCAACAUUGAUUUUGGGGGGAAGGGGUUGGGGUUAAGACAGGAGAAGAGGGUAGGUAUAUCCACUAUGCAAAAAGGGGCCAUUUUAUGGAAGUAUGUCAACACUUUUGUUCCUCAUUAUCUGAAUGCAAAAUUGUGCUACUGCACACAAGUUGAGCCGUGCAUGACACUGAUUUUAACUGAAAUUAAAGGAAUCAAUGACAUAAUUAUGUUAUUGGUGGUAGGGGUGACAUUGACUUAUUCACGACCGAAUUAUAGGGCCAAUUUGAAUUACUUGACGACGUAAUAAAAGGGCUGCGAUAUCCAGAAUUAACGUCGAUAUGGUUUACAAGCUGAAAACUGACGCUGAAACUCGCGCACAUGUACAACUUUUGAUGAAUUUCAAGGGUAUGCGUACUGAAAAUAUUUUUAAUAAAGUGAAUAUUUCUCGUUCGUAACUUUAUCCGAUUGUUAAGGCACAAACAAUCACGGGUAGGGUAAGGAUUGACACAUAGUGGAGAUAGUCACUGGCCGGCCACGGAAAUAUGGAGCGUUAGUGAGGAGCGGCCGUCGGAGCGUUCAAUAUCGAAACUACGGAAAAGUGAAGGUAAAUUCAUGGCCAAUUCAAUAAAAAACUAAGGACAGCGUAGCAAACAUUGCAAGUGUACACGAAAACAAUUACUUUCAAUCCCACCUCGUGACACCCUGUGUGACAUGAUAACGCAACGCAAAUAGCGUGACAUGAGCGCAUAUGUCUGUGUAUUUGGACUGCAUUUCUUAAGCGAAACCCCAUGUUUCUGGCUAUUGUCGGCAGAGAAAAUGAAAAGAGAGCUUUGAAACGUAAACUGGUAUUUGACUCUCAAAGAAAACGACAGCUCAAACUGAGGAAAACACUGCUUCCUUCGUGUUACAACGGUUAACCAUGUUUCAGCAAACGAAAAGUAACAUUAGUCUGUUAUGACCUCUUAAUGUCGAUAUGUAUUCUUGUGGUUAAUCGUUGAAACUCCUUAUUUGCACCACAUCGCUGGAAUUUUUCUUGCCAAGAAUAUGUAUUACGAAGCACUUUCUAGAUAGCAGAAUCUUCUUUUGCCUUUUGUGAGGAAUUAGCGCAUAAAAAAGGAAGAUUUUCCAGCGCACGGCCGUCAUCGAUCACGUGUUAUCCCGCUUUCCUUGUCAUCAAGUCAACUACUGAGCCAAAGUAAUUGCUGUUUUGGUGAUGAUACAAACUGGUGUGUCUACCUUGAAAACCAUUUCUUUGGCAUUCUGUGAUUUACGAGCAGGGAAAUGAAAUAGUUGCCCAUCCAACAUCAAUAAAAAAUCAUUUUCAGCCACUGAAUAAAUGGCAGGCGGUCAUCUAAAAUCAUUACAACUAAAGUACAUUCCUAAGGGAGCAUUCAUAAUUUACCUAGAGGGUGGGUGUUUUGAGGGGGGGUCACUCUUUUUCCCUACUAUGAUUUAGGGGGUGCUGUGGAAAAUUUCCAACGAAAAUUAAGCACAAAAUCUUUAUCCCAAAGUAUUUCUAUAACGCUCUUACAGAUUUCGCUUAAACUUUACGAACAUCGAGGCUGCUAUUGGAGGAAUAAGCUCCCGUGAAUGAUUUUCGAAGAACAGUUCCCAGUGCCAAGAUAUACUGCUGCAAUUAAAAUAGGUAAUAGCGUCAUUUCGUUGCUAUGGCAACUCCGAUGCCGUUGCAACCCUGAUCGUAACAAAUUUUCAUCUUCACGUAAUACAACUGUGGUGGCAAUUUUUCCAAAACAUUGUUUAUGGCACCGUAGUUUAUGCUCAAACUUGGGAGGUAUUCACCCUGAAAAACUAUAUCGAGCCACCUUAAGUAAUGACAUACACUUCGUACAUGUUACUCUACGUAUACUAAAAAUCAGGACGAAACUUCACAAAUUGUUGUUUAUAAACAAACAAUUUGGCCCAUAGAGUAACGUCAUUGCACAAAAAUUCAACGGCGUCAAAAAUCUAGCCGGAAAACACAGAUACAUGUUUCAGACAAUUAGGGACAAAAGUAGUUGACACACCUGUUUAAAACGGGUGCUUUUAACAAACAUUUAAUUCAUUUAUUAUUUCAUUCUUUUUAAACGCCGUAAAUCCCCUCACCCCCCAAAUCAAUGUUGUCUGAAGUAAAAAAAAGACUUGAGGGUCCAAAAUUCAACAUUGAUUUUGGGGGGAAGGGGUUGGGGUAGACAGGGGAAGAGGAUGGGUAUAUCCACUAUGCAAGAAGGGGCCAUUUUAUGGAAGUGUGUCAACACUUUUGUCCCUCAUUGUAGCUACAUGUAACGCAUAAAAUGAUUGUUUUAAAGAAGGGUGAUAAUCAGGCAGUGUGGCCAAGUGGUUAGAGCACUGGACCUGAAAUUCAGAGGUCUGAGUUCAAGUCUCUCUUGCACCACUAGCUGGAUUUGUACUUGGUGGUCCCAAGUUCAACUCCUUGACAGUGCUUAAAUAAUAUUGUACGUUGUGUAAUAGCCAGCUAGUUUACUCCAGUCAGUUGGGGUCCUUAAACCCUGUUAAGUUUGAUUUACAUUGUUAGAUUAUUCGUUUCAGGCAUUUGCUCAGCCCCACUAGCAUUAGUGCUAUAAAUAAUGCUGAGGAUAUUUAACAAUUAUUCCUCAAGCCCGAAUGGGCUCUGAGUCAAUAGCCCAUGAGACUGAAAGCCGAAUGGGCUAUUGACUCAGAGGCCAUGAGGGCGAGAGGAAUAAUAAUUAUUCCAACUAGUUGGUCAAAAAUGUUGAGAAUAAAAAAAAAUUAGCUAGUUAAAGCUAGACCUUAAUCCUUUUUUGCUGCCAAAAAGCCCACACUUUUCUCUAUUACUGGGCAAUAACAUAUAGCCUGGUAGUAGCUCAACCAAUCGGAACGCAGCAUUGAUAAUAGACCACUAGUUGGAUUUUACUAAUAAAAUUUAACAGAAUUAUUAUUAUUAUUAUUUAUUAUUAUUGUUAUUAUUAUCAUAACUAAAUUAUUAUUAUUGUUAUUAUUAUUAUAAAUCUGUUGAUAGUGAUAUGUUGGAACGUCUCAUCACGGAGACAUGUAUUCAUGGGACACCUCCAUUCAGGGACACCAAAUUUGGUCGCAGAAAGACGUCCACAUAAUCUUUGUAUUUAUUACCUCUAUUGAUGGGACACCUCUAUUCAUGGGAAAUGGACACUACUUCUGGCUCCCAAAACCCAGGUUUAACCUCCAUUCAGGAGAUAUCUUGGUACUGAAAAAGUGACUGACCACAAAAAGGGUUGAUAUCUGUAAGUGUACACUAAUCACAAUUAUGCAAGCUUUCACCAACUGAACUAUCUCAAUUAAGUCAAUAUAAUGCACUUGUGUGAAUUCAGCACAUAAUGUCGGAGAAAUAAGCUAAUGAUGAUUUUUUUGUGUGUUGUCUUUGUUGGUUAAUUAUUAACACACCCCAGCCCUACCUCUAUUCAGGGGACACCUACAUACAUGUACAUAUUCAAGGGACAAUUGCAUCAGUCCCAAGGGUGUCCCCUGAAUAAAGGUUCCACUGUAGUCUAACUUGACAAGGUUAAAAAAAAAUAGUAAUUGACAAAUGUUAAACUUUUUUUUCUUUUUCUCCAGAGAUCAAGAAGGCCGCCAGAGAAAAUAAUCCAGAUCUAAAGGACAUGUUAGCAUCCAUUUCAGAUGAAACUGUUCUGCCAACGUGCUUGAGGGAAGCCUUGCUGGAAGCUUCAAGGGGUGGACACAUGGAUGCUAUCUGUGCACUAAUAAUUACUGGUGGAAGACAUUCUCUGCAACUCAGAGACUGCAUCAGUGAAGCUGUGAAGUUUCACUGUUAUGAGGCUGCUGCCCUUUUGUUGGCCUGCUAUGCAGCCAAGCACGACAAGAAACUGCUUCUAAGAUACUUGAUGAGCGAGGAGAUGAGCAGACAAGAAGAGGAACAAGUGAUUAAAGAACAUUGUCAACCAAAUCGUGGACUAUCACGUGAUGUCCUGGACAAAUUAAGGUAAAUCUCUCUAAUUGUAAAGUUGGAUAAAAAUUAAUAAUACAGUGAGUUUAAUUUGUCAGUUAUUCAGGGAUUUGACUGUUGCUAAAUUUUGACAGAAAUAGUCUGUUUCGGUUGUCUGCUUAAUUUUUCUAAACCUUUAUUUUUUCUAAACCUUAUGCCUUUAUUUAGAUCAUUUAUUGUUGACAAAGAAUCCUUUAACAUCGCCGUUCCCAUUGGGCUGGCUUUGCAGCAAAGGAAAAACGAGGCCGCCGGAAUUAUUCUUCGGAAUACAAACUGCAAUCAACGACAGAAACAGGUCAAUUGGCCGAAACUUGUCCUGGAAGAAAUAGAUCCUUUAUGGUUAGAAAGCAUAAAAUGGGUGGAAAAACUGUUUCUAGCUUCCAAUUUACUAGCAAGUGUUCCAAGUAAUAUUCACGUUUUGGACAAACUAUGCUGUCUGGACUUGAGAAGAAAUCAGCUCAAAUCGAUCCCUUCCCGUCUACUGCAGAUGCCGAGUUUGCGAGAUCUCAGACUCGCUGAGAACAAACUCACUGAAUUGCCGAGGAACUGCAAAUGGAGUCCUUCUCUCAAGUCAGUUUAUUUGAGUGAUAACUCAUUAGAAACGCUCCCCAAAAGCAUGGCAACAGCAAAGUUAACAAUUCUUUACCUUGCACGGAAUAAUUUGUACGAGGUGCCUCAAUGCAUAUGGAAGAUAACCACUCUUCAAUCGUUGGAUCUGUCUGGCAAUCCAAGGUUAACACAACUUCCAUCUCAAAUGGGAAGGCUUAUAAAUAUUGAAAUGCUCAGGCUGGACAAUUUAGAACAGGUAGGUGGUGCACAGAAAAUGGGAAUUUAUUGGAAAAGGGAAUAUUUAAAACUUAUUUAUUUUCGUGCCUUUUUUGGUUUGAAGAAUAUCACGUUUGUAUUUCUUUGAUUGAAAAUUUUAGUUUGUGUGUGAAGUUUAUACCGGCCAAUACUCUUUAUGGAAAAGGGACACCCUCGGAACAACACUGCUUUCUUGAUUUGUUCUUGGUCACAAGCCAAACGAAGAGGAAAAAAAUUCGCAACGAAGAAAACCCUAAGCAGCGCACGAUACACGCUCAGCAAGGAAUUUAAUCCCACCAAACUUGGGAGCGGCGAUCGAAGUGCGUGUUUCUUCGGAAACGAUAGAUCUUCGCACUCUCGAGUUCGGACCCGAUUAAUUACGAAGUCCGUCUGCUACGAGUGAGCGAGUGACUCAUUUGCAUAUCCUAGUCCCUGCAAUAACUCGUGGUACGCUCGCGCGUACCCACGAGUUAAAAACGGAAAUCAAUCAAUAAUUUAUUCACUUUCUCUUCCAUUGUUUUAGGUUAGGAGUAAACACAGGGCUUGAAAUCAUUUUGCGAAUAGGGCCAGUCGAAUUGUCCGGUCAAAUCUAUUACGUUUUAUCUCUAAAAAAAGCCCCUUUCUUUUUUUUUCUUCACGAACGCCAAAGUAAUGUCUAAUUACGUAAUAUUGAAGUUCGGAGUUAGUUUUUCCAUCGGAAACGUAAAUGAUCAGACAAAGUGUCAAGGCAUCCAGGGAUUUGACCGGAUAAAGGCUAUACUUUUAACCGGCCAUUGUCCUUUGACCGGCCGUUAUUUCAAGUUCUGGUUUAAAACACAAUAGGUGGGCGCAGUUUUGAGCUUUAUAGUGUAAGCAGAGCAUUGGCCAUUGUAUCGACGUUAUAAAUUAGGAUUAUUUGGCCAGGUUAAUGAUACCGUUUUGCUACCCACUUGCUCUAGUUUUAAAAAGAGAGUUUGAGCAACUCGGAUAUAGUCUAUUAUUACGUUCACUUAAGUGUGCUUUGCGGUGUGCCGUAGAGGGGAGGUAGAAGAACGGAUGAUGAUCAUCAGUAGAUUGGAUGUGAUAUCACCUGUUUUUGUUGUACCUUGUUGUUUCGCCUUUUGCUGUUUAGACCUCAGUAGGUACCGUAACAAAACGAAAAAGCUAAGUGAAUUAAAUUGUGCGUAUUUCUUGUCCUUUAUUAUGCCUAAAGAUGACAGAUCCUCCUGAUGAGAUCAAACAGAACGGAGUCAAAACCAUCAUGUAUCUUCGAAAUAGUCUGCGCUCAUCCAAAGCUUAUUAUACUGUUAAGUUGAUGUUGGUUGGAAGAGCAGAGCAGGGAAAGACAACAUUGAUGCAUCGGCUGAUGCGGGACUACACAUACAACAUCAAUCAGUCAACAAACGGUACAUGAAAAUGUUUAGUGUUGCUCGUUUAGUAACUGAGAAAGUGGAGGGUGACGUGUGUUAAGUGUUUACCUACAUAUGUACUGUUUUCAGGUAGCCAAUACGACACCUGAAGGAGAAUCAUGAGGUUAUACCUAUAUUAAGGCCCAGGAAUGGUUGGCCACUGGCACACCACCGGGGUUUACGUCCCGUACUGUUUUCGAACAGUGUCGGCCUUGCGGAAUUUCCGCAAUUUCGAAAAAAAUGCCGCUUAAAAUUUACGUUGCAUCGUCAAACGGGGCGCAAAAACAAUAGACCCAAGGAUAAGUACAUGUAUUAUUAUUAUUAUUAUUAAUUUUUUUUUUUGAAAUAAAGUAUUCAAAACCAUCACUGACAAGUCAACAACACUGAUUUGACGGCCGCACUUUUUUUUGGAAAAGGGCCCCCUAAAAUUACAGAAGGGGGCCCAUUUGACCCUCACUGGCCAAUUUCAAAAAUUAACCCUGCAGUUUUGUGGGUUCUUUUGAGUCCCACAAGAACCAGAUAAGUGGAAGUGCUGUGAGACGGGACUAACGGUUUUUCGUCCUUAUCCGAGAAGACUGGAAGGUCUAACCGUGUUUGCAGAUUUAGGGUGUGUUCCUUUCGGCGAAUCCAAAAACGGAUUUUUGAUCCUAGAUUUGCCAGAUUUCGCGGUCGAAAGGAACGUGAAAUCCGAAAUUGGAUUUGUAACCUUGGUAACCUUUCGCCAACUCGUGCAAUAUGCACGACAGCCUCUCAAAACAUGACGAGUUUUCUACUGUUUGACAAAUUAUGCGAUUAUACCGUGCAGAAUUUAGUGGUCGGCAGUUCGAAUAGCGACGAUGGAACAUACAAAACAGACAAAGAAAGAAGCGCAUUAAAAUUGAAAAUUAUCUAAAGAAUAUCGGCUAGUUUGAUCCAGUUCCAUAGCUCGGAUUUUUAUGAUCGAGUGGCUGUCGCGUCUACAAGCGAGCUUGUAGUUGGAUAGCAGUUCAUUUGUUACUUUUACUUAUUUCUGAUUUCAAGCAGUCUUUAGAGACAAAUGGUUAGUAUAUGAAUAUUUUAAUGUACCAGGAACAAUCUUCUAAUGUUUUCAGAUGUUUUGCGGCAAAUGACAGCAACGAGGAAACUCUACGGCCUCUAUGGGAAUACUUCAACUGGAAAUACCGCUGGAUCAUCUGACUAGUUUCGGAUCCACUGUGAAUGGAACAGCGUAGAUCACUAAUUCGUUAAUCUGGAUUUGGAUUCUUCGGAUUUCAAAUCCAAUGAAUCCUUUUUCAAAAAGGAUUCACCAGAUCAAAAAUCCGGAUUUGGAUUUGCCGAAAGGAACGCGAAAUCCGUUCUUAGAUUUAAAAUCCGUUUUUGGAUUCACCGAAAGGAACACACCCUUAAUUACGCAAGCAGCAAUUUCGUCUCAGUUAUUAAAAGACCGCGAGUGCUUGUCCGGCCGGGAUUUGAAACGGCGACCUCCCGCCUAGCAUACCGGCGCUCUCCCAACUGAACUAACCAGGCGGCUGUUCGUUAAAUUUUUCUUUAUUCUAUGAGAAUCGUAGGGAAACUUAGAAAAAAAAUGUUUCACGCUUCCAUUGGGUAACACUUUUGAACUCCAUUCUCCGUCCAUCUGAUGGUUCGAUUGAAGCGCCUAAAAAUUGGUUCAAUCGAUUACUGUUUAAACAUCAAUUUUUGUAUCCGACCUAGAAUCUUAAAUCACGUAACAUUUUAUUUUCAUGUUUAUGUUGGUACAUUAACAGGCAUUGCCAUGGACGAAUUUCGUUACAAUCGCAGAGAAUUUGGCCCGUUUUCAAACUACCCGGAGUUUAAAUUCAAGAUAUGGGAUUUUGGCGGUCAGGAGGACUUCUACACGACGCAUCAGUGUUUUUUAUCCACCCUGGCGCUUUAUCUUUUAGUCUGGAAUCUGCAAGAAGGUAAACAAACAAACAAAAAAAACCGCAGGGAGAAAUUAGUAGCUUUGACCUUUUUCACACGCUGUUUCAGUUACGGGCAGAUUGUUACGUAGCUUUUGGGUCUGUGGAUGAAAUCCUAUGAUGUGAAUUAUAAAUGGCAUCUCUUUACUUUUUGCGUUAUGCGCUGUAGACCGCAGAUACAACCGUCCCUCAGGCUACACACGGUACUUUUUGUUGUACUAGUAGGGAGCUUAAGCAACGAUGACGGCGACGGCUACGGCUACGAAAACGUCACUGGAAAAGUGAAUUCGCGCUGACUCAAUCUUUAUCGCGUUUACUUCAUCUCUUUUAAUUCGUCAAAUGUUGGCAAAUGUCUUUGGAGUUGAAUUCUAAAGGAUUGUAUCAAAGUUCAGGGAAAGGAAAACAAGAUUGUUGUUUUGUGCUCCCGUCCUCAACAAAACGUGAAAUCAGGCUUUUUCACAUUGUAGUCGUGCAACGACGGCAAACUGAGAAAUAUCAUACAAAAAAGCGUGAUGCACGUGUAAAGCUGUUAUUUUGCCAAACUAAACCUAUUGGUUUAUUGCCGUUCUCCUUGCCGUCGUCGACGUCGUUGCUUUCCGUGAUUUAUCCCCGGGACCUACGUGAGCCUGUGUACCGAAUCCUAUUUAUUUAUUUACCCGUUUACUUAUUUGUUUAUAUUUAUUUAUUUAUUUGCAUGUACCUAUGAAAGAAAAAUGUGCACUUGAUUUGACUGUCGAUGUAUUAAGCAGGAUAGUACUAAUUGGGGACACUAUUUUCAUGUCUCCAGCUGGAGACGAGACCGCCAUUUUAUAUGGUCAUCCGAGCCACGCGAAGGUCUAGCCGCUUGCAGGACAAAGACAGUACCUUCGUUUCUCAGUUAGGGUUGGUUUCCUCUGUCGCGUAAUUUUUACGUGCGUACUUGCGUAAAACUUAGGUUUGUAAAUAAUAUAGAGGCAAUGUAUGAAAGGUCGCACGUAAGCGUAAAAGUAGAACCUCGCUCAUCUUCACGUUUAAUUUCAACACUUUAUAUCUUGCCCUCUAUUUUAUUUAUGUGAUUAAAAUUUGCGUGCGCUAACGUGCGUAACCAAAAACGCGUCAGUGGAAAUCAACCUUUACUUUAAGACCCGGAGUAUUAGUCCGGCCCCGGGAAUCGAACCCACGACUUCCCGCUCUGCAGUCAAGCGCUCUACCGACUGAGCUAACACCGCUGUCGUGAAUGGAUGAAACAGUCUCACAUUACUGUUAGUAUUAUGCUGUAUACACAGGAUUCCCUGCACUCUUUUCCUUAGACCGCAAGCAGACGUCCUUUUUUCCUCAGAGCCACGCGAGGCGAGAGAAAAAGUAAAGUUGUGCAAAUUACUGGUUUGCCCUCCUUCUUCGCGGCUUCGCCGCUCGCCCCCAUUCGUGGGAGUAGUAAAAAAUUAUUUUUAACUCUUACACACAGUUCCAGUGAUGAUUACAUGUAAGGGGUCUAACCUUAUGAGUCUAUUGCAGAAAUCCUAUGUUGUGACCAUUUAAAUGAAACCGAUUUGCUAGUAGCCACACACGGUACUGUUUGUUUUCGCCUUUUCUCUGAACAAAAAAGUAUCACAGGGUUGUUUAUUUAAGGCCCUUUUGGCUCUAUAAUGCCUUCUUUUCAUUACUGUGGCGCAUACUUCAGGAAUAUCUUAGUUUUUAAGGCUCUCAACAAUCUCGCACCAAAUUACGUAAGAACUACGUUAACAAUGUCUGAUGACAUUCAUAAUGCGGGCAUGAAAAUGAGAAGACUUGCCCAAAAUUAGUAUUUAAUGUAGGUACUAAACAUUUUUCAGUUAUGCCUGAGGUCUUAAGAAUGUUAUAAAGCUUUUGGCCUUGUUUCGUGCGUUUUCCCUAAAAAAGUCGAAAAUGGAUUUUAACUCGGUUUUAACAACGUUAUAUAUCUGCAAUGUUAAGGCUAAAAAAUGUUUAAAAUAUUCGCAUGAAAUUUAUUGAAAUUAUUCUUGUUAUUAUUUGUUCUUCAGGGAGUAUUUACAUGACUGCGUGAUGCAGUUAAUUCGUGUGUUCAUUUGCCAUAUAACUGCGCAAUGCGAUUGUUUUGUCAGUUCACUAGAGUUCUCAGUGGCUCAGUGGUUAGAGUAUCUUGCUAGAGUCUGGAAGGCUGUGAGUUCAUUUCCCAUCUGGAACUCAGAUUCUUUUUCUGAGUUCUUCUCUCCUCACAUAUUUUUCUAUUUAUUUAUUUCUUCGUCCGAAUAUUGAAUUACUGGCCCAUCGCUUUUUUCGAAGCUGGACUACGGAUAGCAGUUAAAAUUCAAAUCGCUGGUUAUAGACCUUACAUCUGCGCCCACUCUCCGCAUAGAAAAGUAAAAAGUACAGUGUAUAUUGUUCUUAACGCUGCAAACACUUUUUUAUUUUGCUCUGUGCAGGCGACACUGGAAUCGAGAUGCUAAAAAGUUGGUUAGACACCAUUUCAGCGACAGCGUCCAACAUAAGCCUCAUCAUCGUGGGCACUCACUUGGACGAAGUUCGUAAAAACAGGGAAGCUGGAUAUGAAAAGCGCAUGCACGACCUGGUGAAAGAGCUGACCAAUAAGUACGCAGGCCAAAUGAAUGUGGUGGACAUUAAAGAAGUUAGUUGCGCGUUGGAUAAUAAAGAAGGUAUACAAAAGAGACCAUUAUAAGUAAACAGCAAGUUCUCUUCUGUGUGUCCUUAAUUGUUUCUACCGACGAAGAAGGGUUAAUUAAAUUAAAGUUAGCUUUAAUAUGUUAAUUCCAAUUUGUAAAUCGUUCAGACGUGCUAAUAUAUUAAUAAAGUUGUAAAGUUGUAAGAAGUAAGAAUACCACUGCGGCUUUUCUGCGAUAUCCGUUUGAGCGUGGAAUUCAAUUGACAGUUCAUCGUUAUUUACUCAGUAUGCAUUUUCCAAUAGAGCUUACCAGCACAAACCACUACAGAAACUGUACGCUGUCCAUAGUGGAAGUAUUUUUUUUAAAUUUUAUUAAUAAUAAUUAACACUAAAUGACUUUCGAGAGAAACGAACUCAACUGUGAAGUGAGUUGUUAUAUUGCUGGAAAUUUUGAAGCUGAAAAAUUUCCGAACCUCACUGUAACGGCGGUCGUCGGUCAAUAUUCGUGGGUAACAGUGCACUGUUAACCUGUUACCCGUCAGCGAUUUUGCAAUAGAGACCUAAAGAUCGAGGUUUGGUCAUUUUACUGCAAACUACAAACUGCGUUUUGCGGUUAACGGUUUCACGUUAUCGGUCUGCCUAUAUGUGGAACUUAGAUUCGCGGGUAGUAGCUCGCGGCUACCAUGUUUGUUUUCAUUCAUUCACUUCUAUUUUAGCCGAGAAAUUGUCUUCAAAAUUACGUUUUUUGAAAUAGAAUUCGAUUACUAAUAAGCAAAAGAGUUCUAAAAAGUCGUAUUUCUUCUCAAACGUGGGAUUGUGAUGUCUUAGGGUGCAAAAAAACCUUGCGGUAAAUCACUUACCUCUGGAACGUGGUCGAGCCGCACAAACGUAAACCUCAAACUGCAAACCUGACGGCAAGGCCCUGGUCACGUGAAUUAUUGACGUUCGCGGUUCGCGGGAAAUGCUGAAAACCCUUAAUCUUAAGCUCUCUAUUGUUGCCCGAAUACCCGCUCAGGGAUUUUGGCGGGAAACACUGUCAUUCUUAGAUGUCAUGUGACCUCGAAGUAACCAGUGAGAGUGAGGGCGCGCGCUGUUUGAAAAAAAUUUCGAGCGACAUAACCAUUGUCGUUGGUGAGCGCUUUGCUAGAAACGUAACGUAAAGUAUUUCUCUACAAGGAACACGCCAAGUAAGAGUUAACUCUUGACCUACUUUCAUAAGUACAUACGUGCCUAACUUCCCUCCGUUGAUAUGAAAGAUCCGUUUUCGCUCUCAUGGCUUCCCACGUGCCUUUUUUCUCUUUUCCUUUUCCCUUCAAGUGCCUACCAUGCAGGCUAAAAACAGUAGGCUGGGUUUCCGGCGCUAGCCGCUAGCUAAAACCAAUGGCUACUCGUAAGUGCAAAGGUGAUUUAACACGAGACGAUUUGCAGCAACGAUUUUUAGAGCAGCACAGCUUUGCAAGUUUUAAUGCAGGUUCAAACCUUUAAGGAUAAAAAGCAACUCCAUUAAAACAUGACGUUUAGCGAAUGCAAAAGCGUAGACGGAGGAAGCGGCUGGUGUAGCCACCUCCAUCUAGGCAUUGCCGAACACAGGUACUCUGUAAUUGACAAACACGUCAAAGAAACAAGACGCUAUGGGAGCGUGCACUUCGGCGUCGUGGUUUUGGAUUAAUUGUGAAUGCAGAGAAAUAGUAAGAAAUGAUAUUUUUCCGGUUACUCCGUAGCAUACCCUUCCAUACAAAUAACCCGUACUUUUCUCUUUUUGUGUAACAGACGUCGUAACUUCUUUACCGGAAGUCUCCCACUGCUAGGUGCGUGACCGCGUGGCUGUAACCCACUUCGGUUUAAAUUUCUGUCAUAAAUAAAUUGCGCGCGACAACAUCUCAGUUCCACUUCCCUUAUUUCCUCUACAACAACACUUUCCUUAUGUACAGUUAACUCCAGACCUUCUCCAGCAACAUAACUAACAUCAGUACACUACCUUUCAAAACUCCACACCGAGGAUAAUUCAAGUUCAACAUCGCAACAUAAGCUAGAAAUAUGUAUCUCGUAAUAACGCUCGCGAAAUUCUGGUGUAAUUUUUUACGGUAGACCCACUCAAGUUAAGCCCUGUCGGGCGGAGUUAGGAACUGGAUGGGUAACCCACCGCGAAUGAUCGUCGUGAAGGUCCCUACGUUUUUCUUUCUUUUCUUCUUUUUUGCAUAUUGUGUGGUGUGAUUUUUAAAAGUGUAUUGAAAAGCAUCUUUAGCACUAUUUCGGCCGCUGGAUUUAGAAAAACAAAACAAACAAACACGGCUGUACAGAACUGAAACUUUGAUCUAUCGGCGGGGAAGUUGACCGGCAAACUAAUAAAUUUGUGUUUUCCACGGUGUAAAACGAAUUCUAAGCUAGAUUUCAGGGGAAAAAGGCAAGGUUUCGACGGUAAAAAGCCAAACUGAAACGUACUUUGGAGAAACACAUCGCACGACAUAAGCAAACUCCUCUGCAAAGUGAAACGCACUGAAAAUUGCUCUUGUAUCUCGAUUUUCGCUCGUAUUUUGAAGCUACUAGCCCAAAUUGCUUCAAUGUUUUCUGUAAAAUACUUUUGCAGUCAAUAUUUCUAGCCAGAAUAAUAAUUAAGAAUAAGAAUAAAUCAAAGAACUCGAAGAUAUCUCGAACUAAUGCCGAAGCAACUUCGGGACAUCCGAAUGCUACUUUGAAACAUUCCUGAGUGUCGCGAAUCCUUUAUUUCGCGCUCCGCCGAAAUAAAAACACCAACGAGAGCCAACUAAUCUCUGAACACAUUUUAAGAUCCGUAAGAGGAAAACUUGCGUGGCUCAUUUAUGACAUGUCGUUAAUUAAGGAAAAGAGACCAACCUUAAACCGGCACUCAAAACCGAUUCCAUUCCCUCAAAACUUUUCACUUGAUUAUUUCAUUCUUUUGCUCUUCAAAUUUAAUGUUGUGUCUCACACCGUCGUUUCCUAUAUAUAUCGUUUCAUUUGCAUUUUAUGAUGAUGACAUGUGGUCGCCGAAACGUCAUCUUUUGAUAGCGUUGCUUUUUGUCCUUGAAUGUUUCACAGAAUCUGUCGUUAUCACAAGGUUCAAACCUUGCAACGCAAAACUCGCAUCGAUCUUCUUGACAGUUUUGACGUUGUAAGCUUUUGAACCCUCUUUAAACACUUGCAUCGCUUUUCUUGACAGUUUUGACUUUAUCUUCGUCGUCUCUUGUAUUAGUUUCGGUUUCAGUUUAUUGUUUUGUCAUAAAAAUCAUACAAAACAAGAAGUUCUACAUAUUUAAAAGCUAAUGGCAAGGAAGCCCAAGGGAAACCACUGGGCAUAUAAGGAAUAGCCGGACUGCGUCAGUUAAUUAUUACAACAAGAUAUGAAACACAAUUUAGCAAGUCCUUUAGUUCUGUUUGCGGUCAUUAGAGUGUACUGUGUAUAGAUUGCAUGUAACGUAACGUUUUCCUUGUGUUUUCCUCAAAAAGGGAUUGAUGAUCUUCGGCUCACUAUCUAUGAUGCCGCAGCAGCCCUCAAAAAGACCAGCCUGGGUCAGGUAUCGGUGAUGGGUGAGAUGAUCCCACACAGCUUCCUUUUGGUAGAAUCAGCCAUUCAUGCCAAGCGGCAAGAACUGCACGACUUAAGAAAGCUGCCAAUCAUGCACAAAUCAGAAUAUGAGGCUCUGGUUCUGGACAUCAUAAAGAAUGACCCACAGGAUAUUGAAGAUACUAACGACCUGAGGGAGGUUACUCAGUUCAUGCACGAGAGGGGUAAGCAUUGGCCAGGUUCUGCUCCCAGUGAACAGGGAGCUGGAACGACUUAUCACCGCAAAGGCUCUAGGGAUUGUUUAGAGGGACCGCUUAAACAUGGCGGACGGCAGCAAGCCACCUGUUAAAAGACGCUGUCACUGUUAUUGUGAAUAAAGGAGACAUACCUGUUGCAUUAGGGUCUCAAGGAAUUCUGUAAUGGCGAAGAUUAGUUGUAUUUCUAAAACUAUUAUUGCAGUUUGGAACAGUGAUAGUGCGCUAUUUCUUUUGAACGUACAUGCUGUCAGUCCCUCCAAAUGUUCCCAAGAAGCUUUGUUGUCGCACAUCGUAUUUAGUUCUUCAAUCGUUGAGAACAUGACGAAUUCGUUUUGCAUUUGCGAGUUCAUCUUACAGAAUAUCACGUGACGCAGGGGUAACAGGGUUGCACUCUAGUUGCGAUAAUGAGUAGUAAAGCCGCUCGUAUAGGACUGUUUUCUAGACUGAAUUGAUUAUUCAAAUGAGAAUAGAGAGUUAAAGAUACCACCACGGCGACAGCGGUGAAAACAUUUAAAAAGUAGUUUCGCGUAAAUUAUUCUAACUCUCUUAAUUGUCAAAUGUAGACGAACUCUCCUGGAGUUGAAUUCGUAAGAACUAUAUCCAAGUUCAGAAAGUGAAAGAAUAUUUCGUCUUCGCUUGUUUACGUCCUCCAUAAAACACUGAGUGUGUUCUUUCUAUGUGGGCUUUUGUUAAUUAUCCCAUAAUACACAGACUUAACUUAUAACCAGCCCCUUCCGGUUUGAAAUUAGGCAAUGGUAAGCUAAUUAAAAUGGUCUACUGCUAAUUAAACCACCCAUCUCAUUGUAAUUAAGGGCUUUACUACUGUUACAGGCAUCCUGUUACACUAUAACGACCCCAACCAAGACCUUCAAGAUCUUUAUUUCAUCGAUCCCAAGUGGCUUUGUGAAUUGAUGGCGAGAGUUGUGACGUUGCCGGAAGUAAAUCCGUACAUACACAACGGUGUCUUAAACCUCGACGAUCUUCCACAGAUUUUACGAGGGGAGCUGUUUGCUCAGCACAACUCACCUCAGUUCAUCCGCCUUUUAAAUCGAUUCCAGGUCGCAUGCUCCUUGGGCGACAACCGCGUUUUGAUUCCUUCUAAACUGCCGGCCAAGAAACCGGAUGAGGCCACGAAUGCCGACUUGCCUUUCAUAACGCUGAAGCGAUUGCACUCUCUGCCUUGCAUACCUCAUGGAUUCUGGAGUCGCCUUAUCUCGCGCUUGUUGUCUUAUAUGAAAGACAUGCUGUCAGGUGGAGAGACCUUCACCAGGAGUGAAUACUCCAGUCCGUUCCAGCUUGAUCCUUUCUGCUGUCGAUGCCCUCUGGUGCUGGAAAACUUAACCUCAGGCGGCCAUAUGGAUAGUGAACAGAACCUUCAUGGCGCAAGAGAUUCCUCGAUUGGAGGAUCGUUCGAGAAUCUUUAUGAUUCUUCUGGGGAAAUUCAAGGUGUUCGAUUUUUUGGAACCCAGCGGCGUGGGACCUUCAUCAACGGCAGGUUCUUCGGCGUUUCCGAUGGGGAAGGUCAAAGCUCUCGCAGUGAUUCGGGGUAUGAAUACAGUUCCGAGGAGGAAGACGAAUCUCACGGAAGACCUCGCCAGGUGCUAAAUAUGACUUUUCCUCUCACUCGUUCAAAUGAUAACCGUCGGAGAAACAGACAAAUAUUUAAACAUGGUACCGAUCCAGGUGUCUGGCGAGAUGACGAGAGUGUCAGUGGUCCCGAGAAUGCCACACCUAAGAGCGACACAGGUAUUCCGAUCUUAAGACAGAAUUUCCGCCUGGAGGUGGAGUCGAGUCCUGAUAAAUCGGCGUCAAGCCUCGAUGAAGCGUCCUGUGCAGCGGCAUCUGUUGAAUAUGGAACCCCACAAAUUGCCCUUGAACCUUCGAUACCUACAAAUGAGCUUGAAGAAAUAAAACAGACAGAAAUUGAUAGCUGUGAAAAUCUAUCUUUUGAGAGAAAAAUAGUCAUUAAGGCAGAUAAGGCAAUCGUCCAAGAUAAGAUCAUCAAUGAAAAGCCGUUAAUGAGCUCCGAUCGUAAAGAGCCCAGUGAAAGAAACAUGACGGGCUUGUCCCCGUAUUGUAGUAGUGGCGAGGAAAGUGCGCCUUACCAUUCUGCGGUUUCCAGAACGAGCACGCCAGAUACAUUUCCAAGUGAUUUAACCGAUGGACAAUCGAUGAAUCUUUCAAAAAGUCUCGCUGAAGACCCCAAGAGUGAAUCUUCCUUGGAGGGCUUCAGUGCCAAGGGAAUCUCGUGGCUCUCAUAUCCCGUGACGGAAACGGAAACUAAGGGGACACAAAUUUCUGGUUCACUAGAGAAACUGCCACCUCUUCACACCAGUGAAGGCCCGGAAUGCAGCGAAGGAGAUAGGGUAAACGCGGAUAUAGAAGAUGGAGAAGCAGGUAACUAAGGAAUAAGUUACAUCGCCUUCCACUGCUUGGUGGCGAGGGUAUAAACUUAAAGCGAACGACUAAGAGGGUAAUGUAAAUCGUAUCUGUCAAUUCUUUAGAAAGGAUAGGGAAGGAAUUAACUAGUUAAUCGCUUGUCUGAAAUUCCAGCUCUGUGGGAUUUUACCCAUAGGCUGUGAAGGACUGACUAACUAACCCAUCAAGAGAUGACCGUCCAUUUUAUCGGCUCGAAUUCCUCAAAGCUAUAGACUUUUUCUAGGUAUUUGGUGCUGGCGAAACCAGACCGAACAGUUCGUGCAUAAUCGCUACAUGAUAAACUUGUUAGUUGGGUGAAAAGUAUUUUUGUUGUUGUUGUUGUUGUUGUUUUUGCUCUGCCGGAAUUCUAUUUUCACUGAGGUGCUGAGGGGAAAGUAACGCUUAAGAGCGCUUAUCAAUUAAAACAUUGAGGUGUUCUUUGUUUGUUUGUUAGUUUGUUCGCUCAUCUCAACAUUGCUUACAUGAGUGUAAAAUCUUCAGUUCUUUUGGGUUUUCUGUCAAAGUACCACCGAAGGGAAUAAACUUACCGAUUUAGAAGUGACACCUACUAGAGAAUAAGGCUGGUGAAAAUUUUUCCUGGCAGCGUGUGUAAUAAAUAUCAACUGAAGGUAAUGUAGAUGGGCUGAAAAUAUCACUGACCAAGGGAUAGAGGAUAAGGGGGUGCAUGAUUUAUACGACACCUCUUCUAGGUCUUCUAGCGGUGUUGUUGAUAUUUACGGCUUUCGAGUUGUUAAAAUAAAUUGAUGGUUAACUUAUAACUAUUACUUCCCUCUGAUCGCUCAUAUUUUCUGGCAGGUGUAAGCGACCCCCCUGACUCUACGAUCUGCGAUAAUCAAGAGUCGCUUCCUACCCCUGGCACAAGCUUACAGUUUACAGAACAUCCUUCUGAAGUGUUUAAAGAUACCACACUUGAGACGCCACUUACAAGUACACCAUCGAAAGCCCCGAGACCUUGUCCUGAGAGAAGCUCUAGAGAAGAUACUAAUCAAGGCAGACCACGUCUUGGAACACCUCAUCGUCCUGCCUGCCCUUUCAUCGAGGAUUUUCCCUUCGAAAAAUUGCCUCAGCUUCCCACGGAUGUUGCCAAGCUGAUCGACAAUGGAUUCCUUCAUUGCUGGAAGUCCGGAGUUUGUUUGAGUCAUCCGCGCUUGUUCCUCUUGCUGCACUGUGUUCCUGACACGGCAAAUGAUCGACAGGUCAUUGUCACAGAGGUGAGUCCCUGCCCUCAAGGCCGCAGGGUGCUCAGCUAUGUGGUAGAUCAUAUUGAUACUCUGAUUCGUGAGUGGUACCAAGAACUCUCCACCACAGACGGUUUUCAACCCAGGGUAAGACAGUUGAUACCUUGCGUGGUGUGCGAGCGGCUUGGUCUCGAGCCCUACAAAUUCACAUUUGUUCAAUGCCAGCAGCAGAGUUCCAAAUCCGACACAAUUUCAUGCCCCAAACAUCCUCGACUGGAGGUCAAUCUACACAAAGUAGCGCCUGAUAUCAUGUUACACGACGUAGAUGCUGAUUUGCUGUUGUCACAUGAUGAGAUCACUUAUGAAGACACUGACUCUAGUAGGCUGGGAACUGGUGGAUUUGGGAAGGUAUUGUGAAUUAUUAGAAACCUCUAGAUUCGACGCUAACACCCUUCGUUUAAUGACGACAGCUCUUACGUAUUCCCGCUAAAAUGACGCCGCUUCACGCGUGAGCACUGCUUGGUAUUGAGAAAAUCUCGUACUCGUAGUCGUUCUUGUCUUAUAUUCUUAAAAUCUCUAUUAUAAACGUUAUCUUACUAGUUUUAAGUCGUUGUGAACAAUUUUUAGGUUGCUUAUGAGGCUGGAUCAGAGUGAUGUCGAAUUGCACUUUGAGUUUUGGACUCGCGUCUUUUUUCAUUGGCUAUUACAAAGUUGCGCCGGGCUGUAGUGGGUCAAAAUUUUUCUCAAAAACAUCUCAUACUGCAUGUCAACACGUAGUCGUAAAUGAGCCCAAAAAUGACCAAGAUGCUAAAGUAACGUUGAAUUUGAAAACGUGACCUUCAGAAAUCGAUUUGGAGCUAGAGACUAGAAGGAUCAAUUUAGGUCUCUGGGAAACUGCCCACCUACCCCUCCCUUAACCCAACAUUUUGCCCCAGGUGAGACGCAAAUGUUAACUUUGAGUUAGGGGAGGGGUAGGUGGGAAGUUUCUCAGAAACCUAAAUCGAUCCGACUAGAAUGAAACUGAGCCUUCUUAAUCCUUUCACUGAGUGCAAGUUAACCAUAAACAUUGCUGCAGUUACCGUAUCCUUCUACAUAUCCUUUGAAACAUAAACACAGUAAAACCCCGUUAAUACGGACACUGAGGGGACAAUAGAAAGUGUCCUUAUUAACGGGGUGUCCGAAUUAAGCGGGUUGAAUUAAGAAAAAAUGGAAGGGCUUUAUUCCCCAGGGACAAAGCAAACUGUCCGUAAUAACGAGGUGUCCUUAAAGCGGGGUUUGACUGUACAUAGGUAUUGCAUUGCUGACAAUGUUGCACUCCGUGUUACUGUAUCAGGUUGUUCGUGGACAGUGCAGAGGGCAAGAUGUAGCCAUCAAGUUUUAUAUUCAGAGCGAUGAGUCAGAGCCCCUCAGGCAUUAUCGUGAAGUGCGUAAGGAGUUGAACGUUCUGCGUCGUGUUCGCCAACACCCAUUCCUGAUCAGCGUUAUUGGUGUUUCCCUGCGUCCUCUGUGUCUGGUGCUGGAACUUGCUGAGCGUGGUGCGCUUACUGAUAUUAUUGUCAAACAGAAGUCUGUAGACCGGAUUGUGCUUUUCCGCAUCGCCUAUCAAGUAGCAGACGCCUUGAGAUUUCUGCACGAUUUGGGUAUAAUUUAUCGGGACUUAAAACCUGAAAAUGUCCUUGUUUGGUCACUGGACGAGCGUGAUGAACUGCACGUUAAGCUCAUCGACUUUGGCACCGCUAACUUUGCGACCAUGACAGGUCUUAUUUCGUACGCAGGCACACCCGGUAUUCGUGCCCCGGAGAUGUUGGAAUGCGCUAACAAGGAAGAGUAUACCUUUCAAGUAGAUGUUUACUCAUACGCGAUCCUUCUGUAUCAGCUCGUUACACGACUAGUUCCCUUUGAAGAAUACGAUUCUGAACCGAAGAUCAACGCGGCUGUCAUCGGGGGAGAGCGUCCAAGGUGGCAGCAGGUCCGCGUGACUAUGUUCGGUCUUCCGACACUCACCGAACUGAUGCUUCGGUGUUGGUCGGGUAAACCGACCAGGCGACCGAAGAGUGCUGAGAUAGUAGAGCAAGUCCGUCAACCAGCAUUCCAGUGUUUACUCGCUAAACAGCCCAUUCCCACUGAAAGCCUGUCAGUCAGGCAUGCGUGCCUCGUCCCAGAUUCCCAUGAUCUGUGGCUCGCGUGUGAUGGUCGCACCGCUAACAAAAUUUUCAUUUACAAUAGUCGGACACUCGACAUGAAAUUUUCCUUCUGUAUUGACACUUACCAAGAAGAGAAGUACGUCUUGCAAAUUCAGUGCAUGCAUUUCAUGGCACAUCACAUGUUGAUCGCACUCCGCGGUGAGUUGGACUUAGUCAACAUCUACUCCACCUCAAGCGCAUCGCGCUACAAGUGCGUGGCAUCCUUUACCUUUAAAGAAAUGGUCACCUGUAUCGCGUCAAACGAUCAGUUUAUCUUUUUUGGAUUCAUGGACGGACAAGUUCGCUACAUCCUGAAAACAGAUGUAAAGAAAAAUGAAAGACGACGUGUUUUUCGCAGCUUUCCUGUGGAGCGCCACCGGAUUCUUUCAAUGGCUGUUGCCGAAGAUAAACUCUGGGUGGCAACCAGCAGAUAUAUCUUCCGUUUCUUCACUAAACCGGGUGAGAUGGAAGCGUUUGACAUAGACGCCAUGUGGUAUGCUGGUCCAGUUGGCAUGGAAAACAAUCCGCAGACUCAGGUCUCCCUUUUGAGGGUUGCUUUUGAUGGACAAAGCGUUGUGUCUGUUUGUAGGUAGGUACCUAUCUGCUUGCAGGGCGUCGCAGAGUAGAUGAGCUCAAUUUGAAUACGUUAAUUUUUAUUGUGAAAGGUUUGAACUCAGACGUCAGUUCAGAAGUAGGUUGAGCACGAUCUUCCAGGAAAACGUAGCGCUGAAUAGGACUGUUGUUGACAGUGACUGACGUUUCGACAACCUGUGCGGUAGUCAUAUUCAGAGGAAACUGAGUUUUGUCACGUCAGUUGAUGGUAUUACUCUGUUUAUUGACCUGACUGGUCAAUUAAGUCGCGAUGUUGUUGGUCGUCUGUUCAGUCAGUCGGGUGCAAAGGUUUCUGCCGGUUUCACCAAUGUAACUGGUCUGGCAGUCACAGCAGUUGAUCUCUUAUUGCUCCCUGUCUGUCCACCGGUUUGUCUUCGUCCUUAACAUUUGUAAGAAGCCGUCGCAAAGUUGUUAUCGGUUUGUGUGCAACACUUUUAUUGUAGGUGCCUCUCAGGUACGGUAUGGUCGCUGUCGUAACAGGGUCAGAGUUAACGUUGGCCUGAGUGUUGUACUCGGCGUUACUGUGAGUGUUUCGUCUAACAGAGUCCGUGUUGUAGUUGUUUCUACCAGAAACGUUGUUUAGGUACUCUUCUCGUAGACUGUCAGGCGAUUCGUUAACUAGUUGCGCUCGACUCGUCUAAGUCCGUAUAGUUGUAAUCUUAUGAGAGGUCGGGUUGUACGACGACUGGUCCAGUAAUCUGUCGGUAUGUGUCGGUUUCCUGUAAAUUUACGUUCGUAGUCUGUUCUCGCGAGUGCGGAUCAAGUAGUUUAGAAAAGGUAUUUUACCGUUUUCCUUGAUAUCAUUCGUAAACUUUAUGUCUGCGUUCUGUCUGUUAAGGUGUUCGUGAAAAUCUUCGAUGUCGUCCUUGUGUACAGCGAUAAAGGUGUCGUCAACGUAGCGUAACCAAGGAGAUAUAGUUCGCGUGUAAGUAGCUAGGGCUUGCUCCUCGAUGUUUUGCAUCACAAUUUCUGCUACAACAACAGAAACUGGAGAGCCCAUAGCUGUACCGUGUAACUGUACCGUUUGCCGUUGUACUGAAGGUACGUCGACGUUAGGCAGAGGUUGAGUAGGUCCAUAUUGUCGUGUGUAUGCAGUGGUAGUUUAAUAGUGGAGUUCGUAAUAGCGUUCUCAGUGCAUUCUAGAACCAGUUGAAGUGAUUCAGUGAUUUCACGUCAAAGACACUUGUUUGUGGUCGUCAGGUAUCUGUAUUGCCUUAAUGGCACCAAUAAAGUUCUUAGUAAACUGUAGUUUAUAUCUAGAUUCGUCAGUCAAAGGUUUCAGUACGUUAGUUAAGUAUUUAGACAGUUCGUAAGUCGGGGACCCACAGAAAAAGACUGUGGGCCGCAUAUUUACGUUGCGUUUGUGUACUUUUGGUAGUCCAUACAGCUUGGGUGGCUGCGGGACACUACACAGUCUGUUGUAGCGUCAGUGGAUAAUCAGAUAAUCAUUGGAUCGUCAGAGUAAUACCUUCAGCUGACGUGAUACAACUCACUUCACUCUGAAGAUGACUACCGCACAGGUUGUCGAAACGGCAGUCACCGUCAACAACAGUCCUAUUCAGGACUACAUAGGCUCAAGUUUAUUUUUGUCUGAGCCGAUCUAAGCAUACUCCAAGCCCUCGUCCCUUAGGAUUGCACUAUCUAUGUUGCGUAACGUAAACGUUUUUAGCGGAUUUUUCUGGGGGCUUGCACGACAAACGUAAAAUCCUCUGGACCCUGUGUCCUUCAACUUGGGUACGUGAUUUAGUUCUUGUGCCUUUGAUCACAAGCCUACCAUCCACUGCAUGUGUGAUGUUUUAUUUAUUUUUCAUUCAAAAUAUAUCUCCCGUUCUGAUUAACUCAAAUUCCCUGGCAUAUUCUUCAUAACCAGCUCGCGAUAACCAAAUUUGAAAGACGUUUGCGAUAUCCGGUAAAAUGACGUCAAUGGUACAGGCUCCUACCGACAGAACAAGGGACAAAAACCAAGAAGUCCUUGGGGCGAGGUUGUGUUAGCUCAGUUGUUUUGAUACAGUUGGAAAAAAUGGCGAAAAAUUCUACACGGAAGAGAUUGCCGAGCUUCUGCCUAAGAGAGGAAGGGUGGUGCUUUUUAUUUUUAUUGUCGUCUAAUCAUUUUACCUCCCUUUUUUAUGCAGGUCUGUUCUUAGUAAAUGGGAUGUCUGCAGCAUACAAAAACACUUCAGUGUCGACUGUGCUCCCAUUAUACACAGCCUUCCCGGCAGGUCAACUGACACGAUGGUCGUGGAAAGCACUGAUGCCUUUGCCUGUAUCACAUGCGUGGAGCCCACGCGCGACGCCGUUUGGGUGGGGACCUCGAGCGGUCACAUCUUGAUUUUCGAUUCGGAUACGGGGCAUCUUCUCACGUGGUUCCAUACUUUUGAUGAAACGCGUAGCCUUACCCUCAUGCACGGCCCAGGCCCAUGUGGCACUGAGCAGAAUUACGUCAUCAGCACGGGCAAAGGGCUUAGACCUGAGGGAUUAGGGACACGUAGUGUGUGUGUGUUGUCUGCGGAACGAGUACGAGAGCCCCCCGUGGAGAUUGCUGCGAGGAAAAUUUCCGAGCCGAAACAAAAGAUAGGAAAACAGAACCAACGAAGCCCGACUCCUCCAUGUGUCGAUGAGCCCGAUGCUGCAGAGGCAGACCGGUGCCUUCCCCCGAGGUGCGUGAUGAUUUUGUGGGAAUCUGUGUCCAAGAGCUGUUUUUCCAGAAUCGAGGCCAAAAGUAGUCGGCAGCGUUUUCCGAUUGUUGCUAACAAUAAUGUCUCCGAAGACCAGGCCUCGAAAGAUAGCGAAGAAGAGAUUCGUCAAACGUAAUCCGUAAAACGGUAACCUGAGAUCAACUUGUAUUUGUGACCACGUCGCACUAGUUUACGACCCGAGUACUAAUUCUCUAAAUCUCAAUGGGCUCGGCUAUUAAAAUAUUUUUUGGAGAAGAAAUCAUUGAGGUGAACAAACCGACGAACUGGGGUCUGUAUCCAAUUUUUGCAGAUCACCAAAAGAGCGUUUUUUCUUUAACAUAAAAUUUCUUAAUAAACUAUUGUAGUGGCCUUAUGCCUAGCAAAAUUUGUGUAAUAAUAGGUGGUUUUGUAUGAGAAAGUUUAUUGAACGCUAUCGAAGUUCAGUUAUAACGCAGUGUCAGAAACGUGCCGUAUUUCCUAUAUUUUACAUACAAAUGUGUUAGAAUAGAUAUAGCAAGGUAUAUUUCAUGAUGUAAAACGUAGUGUUACAGAGCCUGUAGCAUCUUGGUUGUUUUUAUUGAGCGCUAAAAAGGCCAGUUUUACAUUUCUUAUAUCAGUCGGUCUUACGUUUAUGUUUACGUUGUGAAAAGCUCUAAACUUGCCUUCAAAUAAGUAACAAACCAAUUUGUUUGUUGAGAAGGGCCCUCAGUAAAGUUUAAAAAUACAAACGUAGGUAAAUAGAGAUUAAACAAAAUGCUGCUGCGUUGUUUAAAAUGAGAGAGUCUGGGUACAAGUGUGAUGAACAUCACACAGAUUCGUCCCAACCGAGCUUGUGCAUUCCUAUGUGCAACCUUCUGCCGAAGGCUUAGCCAGAUACCAAAAUUUUCCAGUUACGGCACUUUAGGUAGAACCUCUCAAGAGAGACCGCGACCGUUUUAGAGCGGUUGAUGGUAACAUUUUUUCGUUUUAUUGUAGCUGAGGUUAUGCGCGCGCGACGUUUCCUCCUUUGCUGUACAAAUUGGAAACCUAUCGAUGCGAAUGAAAUUUGGUUAUGACAUUAGGGAACGUACGACCAUCCGUACAGACUCUCGAGGAUUGGGAAGGGAGACUCUUCAAGGCAGAGGAAAGGAGUCCCAGACAUGCACCGCGUUUCGGUCUUGGCUUAAAAUUAACCAGUAUAAAGGCAAUCAGUGUAACUUCCCCAGCAAAAAUCUAGAACUUUCUUGUGUUUCACUUACGACAAAAAAUUUUUUGCUUGGUUACGCUUUUGGUCACUCUCCAGGACCAGUCUAGUCUCAGACUGGUCAAAAUUUUGACAGGUGUUUGCAUGCUUAACAACGUAUGCAGCAUUUUGAAUAGACCUCUUCACGAUACCUGCGAUUUUUGCACGCGCUAACAAUUAACUUUUGUAAACAAAAUGUCUGUUUUCUCACCAUACUUUUUAUCUCGUAAAUGAGAAGUUUUACUCUUACGAACAAAACCAAUACUUUCAAUAUAUAUAUAUAUAUAUGAUCCUGAUAAUUAGAAGCUCAACACCAUACUUUAAAAAAGUAAUUCCCUAUGAAAAUUAAAUAUAUUUAUAGCAGCAUAUAUUUUGUUUCCUUGCACACAUUCCACAAUAUGUCGCACAUAAAAUAGUUACAUUAUUCUAAGCACAUGCUAGCAAAGAAAUUUAUCUUCUAUACAUGAAUUUUAUUUCACAUCAGCGAAAACUCUGAGUAUUAAUUUUUAAAAGCAGAACUCGGUAAAAUGAUGUAAGCUCAAUGUUACAUGAUGGAUGUAAGAGCUGUUCUCUCUGUCCACCUCACUUAUCUUAGAUUCUUGAUUGUAAUGCGUUAUGUAUAGUUUUAAUAUUAAUUUUUUACUUUUAUAUUGUUGCCGUAAUUCCAAUUGUAGAUUGUGUAUGGGGUUUAUCCUAAGCUAUAAGGCUCCGAC